AAAUAUAUUACAGAAAGCAGGAUGUCUGUAUACAGACAUCCCGGGAUGCAAUGUAAACAGCAUCCUUCAUGCUAUCAAUACGUGAGUCAAUAUAUCGGGCAAUAAUUGAUCAAUAUAUCUAAUUUCAUAGCUAGUGGCAUCAGAUGCUGUCCACGAUAUGUCGGGCGAUAAUUGAUCCAUAUAUCGACUAAAUAGCUACUCUGAUCAGUGUUUUUCACAAACCCGAUAUAUCGGGUACGAUAUCGAGUCGCUCGCUAUCAUACCCGAUGUAGCUACCAUCGGGUAUGAUAGCGAGUAUCAAUAAAAGUGGUACGGAUAGCUAGCUACCAUAAGCUGAUAUUGCCCGAUAGCAUAUUUUUAUAGCUAGAUAUUUUCAAAGGCAUUUUUUUGCUUGAGAAUUGUCAUUAAGGUCUGCCGGAUCUAUGUUUUUUGGCUUCGGUUCUGUAGAGAAAACUUGUAUUUGGUACCCGUCUCGUGGUUCCGUUAAUAUUUGUCGAAAGUAGCGCUGGUAGUUUUUGUGUGAGUUAUUUCUCGCAAAAAUAGUCUUGAAUUGUAAAAGGGUACAGAAACUAAGAUAUUUUAAUGCGGCAUACAAUGGUGUUUUCAGAAAAAUCUGGUUCCGAUCCCGAUCUUGUUAAUGGUCUUGCGAGACUCGAAUACAACUGAGUCCAGAACCGUCCCGCACACCUCUAGAAUGAAGAUAUUGAAAAUGACGCUCCUGGAAAAGAAUUUGAUAUCACCAAUUAAUAACUAAUGAACAAAUGAUAAUACUUAGAAUUUCUUUAGCAAACGUUUAUCAUCCUCAUGUGCAAGUAAAUGCGUGUAUGGUUUAAUCAUUAUACUGAAUUUAUCUACAUGGAUAGAUUUGAAUGGUCUUUUUAUAGAAUUACCCCUGAUGGUACAAGCAACACCUGAGAAAUGGACAUUACCUUCUACGAUGUCACUUGUCAUCAGUCUGGCUAAUAUAUUCCCAUUAACCAUUAUCGCGUUAAAGUGCUGGCUGGGCAGUCGUUUUACGGAAAUACCAUUUAUGUACAUAAUUAUUGGUGUUGGUAUUAUCGCUUGUACAGCAAUCGGUGUUGGAUGGAAAAUAACAAUGUUCGUGUUUAAUGCUGAACGAAGUAUUUGUCUAAUCAUCGCUGUAUUUUCAUUAGCAAUACUUGAUUGUUCAUCAAGCUUGGUAUUUCUGGAUUAUAUGAAACGGUUUCAUACGUCAUUCUUAACAGCGAUGUUUUUUGGUGAAAGUUUAACUGCAACAAUGCCAACAUUUUUAGCAUUAUUGCAAGGUGUUGGUGGAGAAAUCACAUGUACAAGAAAUAAUUCUGUAACCAAUCUAUUUGAGCCAGUUUAUAGCGAACCAAGAUUCAGCGUUUCGAUCUUUUUCUUUCUAUUAUCGGGUAUAAUAACGUGUUCGUUUAUUGCAUUUGUAAUACUAAGAUGGACAUUACUUGUUUAUAUUGCUAAUGCUGAACCAAAGGUAAGAGAAAGCUAUUUUUGA